UUCAAAAUGUGGCUCUUCUAGGAGCAGUGUCAUUUCUUGAAAAAUGAACACUGAGGAACCAUAAGGAAGUGAAGCAAUAUGGAGCUUUGUCUGCUUGGCAUUCUGAUAGACUUAUUUGCCCUGAAGAAAGCAUAUGCUGCUGCCCAUCAACAGAGGAUAAUUCGUGCUUCUGGGGAGAAAGUCCUACUUCCCUGUGGGAAAGACAGCCCUUAUACACGUUGGUUUUGGUUCCCUCUGACUUCCAGAUGUGCCAACAUCAGUGGGGGGAGUGUGGAAAUAACCUGGGGCCCUACCAAAUCCAAUGUGACUCCUAUUCGUUUCAACCAGCGCCUGAUAUACCAGUCUCCAGGCUCAUUGCUCCUCAGGAAUCUGGUCAUGAGUGAUGAGGGCACCUAUGUCUGUCGUCUCCCCAAUGGCUCAGAAACUCGCAUCAUCCUGGAGGUGACAACAGGAUGCCACAACAAUCUCACUGUUUCCUCACAGUGGCUCAACCAGUCCUCUUUACGACUCAGCUGCCAUCCCUGCCAGUCAGCGAAGGUGGUGGGUCGCUUUUAUUGGACACUGAACUCGGAGCGACUGGGCAGGCGACGCUGGGCUCAGAAGAGUCACUCCGGCUCUUACGUCACUUUGAAUCCCAUCCGACCAGUCAUUUGGGGACAAUGGGAGUGCCGUUCCAUUGACAAUCCCACCUGGGUCUCUGAAAUUUGCUUGAAGCAACACACAAUGCAAGAUGCCGGCAGCUUCCAAAUCCUUCAUGAAGAUUUGUCUCUGCUAAUUCUACCCCUUUAGCCUCUCUCUGGUGGUUCCCUCUUUCCACCCCUUGGACUCCAGCAGCUGCACCUGGAGAGUCUGCAGUGAAAGGGACUGAAGUCUGGAUGUGGGCAACACUCUUGGCUGGGCUGGCUCUGCUACCCGUCCUUGGGAUAGUUGUGUGCUUCUGGAAGAGAAAGUUAGCAGGCAGG